ACAGGCCAGAUCCAUGCUGCCGUCCCUCAAGCUCUGCGGUCUUUCGUCCUUUGUCUUGCUUAUAAUAAAUAAACCGAUAGCAGCCUUUCUGCCACCAAUACCUUUCUCUGCUACCGCGACAUCCCCGACCUCGGCCCGUGUUACCUUGUCCUCCUCUUCUGCCUUACAAGAUGAUUCCUUCCCAGAGCAAGGGGCUUUUCAGCACAACAAAGUUGAGCUACGAGUAUAUGACAUUGGUGGUAAAUAUACACCAAUGAUGUCUGCAUUGCUCCGGAAGGAAAUGCCGGCUAUUUGGCACGUGGGGAUCGGUGUGUUUGGGAAAGAGUAUUGGUUUUCUACCCGCAUAGAAAGUAAGGACUUGGGAGACACGGAGACGGCAUUCGGGAUGGCUCCUCACGCCACGUACGAGCUGGGGCAGACGGCCGUGGAACGUAAGGCGUUUGAAGCUUUUUUGGAGGAAGAACUGAGUUCUCGGUUCAAUAUUGACACCUACAAAGUUUUCACGCAUAAUUGUAACCAUUUCAGCCGCGAUGCCCUGGCUUUCCUCCUUGGCGAAGGCGUGGAAAUGCCCGGAUACAUAUUGGAAAAUUCUGACCGGGCCUUGGAUGCCCUUCCCAAGGGCCAGGCCCUGCUAACCAAGUCGAUCGCGAACCAGGUGGCGCGCGUGGUGAUGUUGGCGUGGGGGACGGCAAAUCGCAGCAAGGAAGACAUCGCUCGCCGGGAGGCCCGACGAAAGAAGGCCAUGGCGGAGAGAGACAGCGUGGAGGAGGCG